CGGCGAGGAGCGGGCAGGCCCGAGAGGAGCGCAGGGAGCUCCGAGGGCCGCCGCCGCCACUGCCGCGGCAGGGGCGUGGAGGCGGGGGGCCGGCCAGGCCGCAGUUGCAAACAUGGCUCAGAGCAGAGACAGCGGAAACCCGUUCGCCGAGUCGGGCGAGCUUGACAACCCCUUUCAGGACCCAGCCGUGAUCCAGCACCGACCCAGCCCGCAGUAUGCCACCCUUGACGUCUACAACCCUUUCGAGACCCGGGAGCAGCCACCAGCUUACGAGUCUCCUGCCCCUGCCCCAGUGCCUCCACCCUCAGCUCCCUCCCUGCAGCCCUCACGAAAACUCAGCCCCUCAGAACCCAAGAACUAUGGCUCCUACAGCACACAGGCUUCGGCCGCAGCCGCCACAGCAGAGCUCCUGAAGAAGCAAGAGGAGCUCAACCGGAAGGCAGAAGAGUUGGACCGGCGGGAACGGGAGCUACAGCAGGCAGCCCUGGGUGGUGCUGCGACUCGCCAGAACAAUUGGCCCCCUCUGCCUUCUUUUUGCCCAGUUCAGCCCUGCUUUUUCCAGGACAUUGCCCUGGAGAUCCCCCAGGAGUUUCAGAAGACAGUGUCCACCAUGUACUACCUCUGGAUGUGCAGCACACUGGCUCUACUCCUGAACUUCCUGGCCUGCUUGGCCAGCUUCUGCGUGGAGACCAGCAAUGGCUCAGGCUUCGGGCUCUCCAUCCUCUGGGUCCUCCUCUUCACACCCUGCUCCUUUGUCUGCUGGUACCGCCCCAUGUACAAGGCUUUCCGGAGUGACAGCUCAUUCAAUUUCUUCGUCUUCUUCUUCAUUUUCUUCGCCCAGGAUGUGCUGUUUGUCCUCCAGGCCAUUGGUAUCCCCGGUUGGGGGUUCAGUGGCUGGAUCUCCGCCCUGGUGGUGCUGAAGACCAACACAGCCGUGGCCGUUCUCAUGCUGCUCGUGGCCCUGCUGUUCACUGGCAUCGCUGUGCUGGGGAUUGUCAUGCUCAAGCGGAUCCACUCCUUGUACCGUCGCACAGGUGCCAGCUUCCAGAAGGCCCAGCAAGAAUUUGCUGCUGGCGUCUUCUCCAACCCUGCCGUGCGCACUGCAGCUGCCAAUGCAGCCGCCGGGGCCGCUGGGAAUGCCUUUCGAGGGCCAUGACCCACCCCGUCGGGAUACCCUAGUCUCCCCAGGCUACUUGAGGGAGUUGCUGCAGCCCUCCCUCCCCUAACCCCUGAGGUUUCUGGGACUUGGAAAGACGCGUCACUACUUGAUGGCUCCCCCCAGUGCCCCUGACCCCAUGGCUGUGACCUCUGAACCUGACUCAGGGGUGUGGGAGCCCACUGUGACCUGAUCACUGCUCACCCUGCCCCUCAGGACACACUGCUGCCAUCUCGCACACUACCACCCCCAGCCCAGCUUCCAUGCCCUGUGCCAAGGCUGUCGCUUCAGUUAUUUAAAUUAAAACCAAAAAUCCCUG